AUGACCAAAUUUGAACUAGAAGCUGGAAGCAGACAUUAUGAAAGCUAACCAAAGAACACAACUUUUUUCCUAGGAGCGCACUUUGGUCUUCCAAAGUUUUUAGGGACUCGUUUUUGGAACAAGCAACAACAUCAGCAACGAAAUGACAUGUUCAGGAGAAACUCUUGUUAGCUUGUUCAACAAUGUCUCAAGCUCCUCCUUCCUUCUCCUUCUCCUCCUCUACUUCUCUUCCAACUUGCUUCUUAAGCUCAUCAACUUCAUUGGCAGCUAUCCUAUAAUCCAAAGAAACCGAAAUGGAUAUGAAUAUAAUUUCUCUGAUGAAGAUGAGGAAGAAGAAAAUGAAACGUAUAGUAGGUACUACGUUCAGUCCAUGGAAAAAGAAAACCUUGCAGGCGGCAUAGUUCAUGGUGGUGAACGUGAAUCAGCACUUCGGUUUAUGCCGCCCAACAACAGCACCCGUACAAAUGUUGAAGAUUUCAUAAGCUCGCCAGAGGAACCCUUACUUGAAGGCCAAGAUGGUAGUUUUGCUAGUGAAGAUAUGCUUUCUGUUCUUGUCCCAGCAGGUUCAGAAUCAGAACAUGAUGGUGCAGAUAUGGUCGAAGAAGAGAUGCCGACAAGUGACACAGAUUCGUUUCAUGAUUCUGUCCCGAAUCUACACGGACCCACCACUCCGAUCACCAAAGACUUGCACAAAGGUGGUUUCAUGGACAGUGACGAAAUCCGUGGCGAAGACUGCAUUAAUCAAGAAAUUGAAAAUAAAAAGACAGAUACAAAUUUCUCCGUUGAUGAAAAGUUUCUGGUUUUUGCGCCAACCCGGUUGGAAUCAAGGAAACUUCAAGUUCAAGAAAAGGACGAGGAAGAAAUAUUUGGUGACUCGUGCACCGUGGGUUCAACUUCUAAGAGUUCCUCUGAAUGGAGGAGCUCAAUCAAGGAUUCAGGAACUGAGGAUCCAUUCUCUUCUUCAUCGCGAAGAAGUUGCCCCAGGUGGGAAUCCUACACAGUAUUCCAAAAAUAUGACGAAGAGAUGACGUUCCUAGAUAGAAUUAGUGCUCAAAAGCUUCAUGAAACAGAUUCUCUUAGGUCCAUCCAAGUGAAUCCAAGAUCAAUUUCAGAUAGGAUUGUUCACAAGUUUUCGACUAUAAAAAAGAAGCCUUCAGACAUCCGCCAAAACCCGUACCAUGAAUUGGAAGGUGCCUAUGUAGCUCAAAUUUGCUUGACAUGGGAAGCACUUAAUUGGAACUACAAGAACUUUGGACUAAAAAGAGCUUCGCAAUGCGACUUUGAUCCUGGUUGUCCAGCACAUAUUGCACAACAGUUUCAGCAAUUCCAAGUCCUUUUGCAGAGAUAUGUCGAAAAUGAGCCUUAUGAGCAAGGCCGGAGACCUGAGGUUUAUGCUAGAAUGAGGCUUUUAGCACCAAAGUUGCUCCUGGUGCCAGAAUAUCGAGAUUCUGAAGAUGAUCAGAAGGAUGAUGUUAACUUUGGCUCAAGAAUUUCAUCAGCUGCAUUUCUAAUGAUAAUGGAAGAUGGAAUCCGAACAUUCAUGAAUUUUCUCAAGGCUGAUAAGGAGAAAACCUGCCAGAUAAUUAUGGCAUUCUUUAGGCGAAAUAGAAGGGAUUCAGUGGAUCCGGUUCUUCUUCAAUUAAUGAAGAAAGUUAAUAAAAAAAAAAGGAUUAAGCUUAAAGAUCUUCGCCGCGGUCGCACUUGCAUAAGGAAAAGAAAAUUAACAGUGGAGGAAGAGAUGGAGAUUUUGAUGGGACUCAUAGACUUAAAACUCGUCUCUAGAGUAUUGAGAAUGUCUGAAAUGAGUGAAGAACAACUUCAUUGGUGCGAAGAAAAAAUGAGCAAAGUGAGAGUAUUGGAUGGGAAACUUCAAAGAGAUUCCUCGCCACUUUUUUUCCCUGCGCAUUGACCCACACCAGUGCUGCUUGAUGACUAGAUCAUGAAUGUGUCGUCACUGCAAAAAAAAAAAAACAAAAAAGAUAAGAAAAAUGAUCAUCGUAGGCACCCUUUUGUAAAUACUGUAAAAUAAUGUAUAUGGAAGGGCCGCCUCCAAAUCAAAGUGACUACAUGUGAGUGACAUGGAUUUUGGAA